AAAAAAUGUCACAAUUAAGCGACGAGAAUGAUAAUGAUACUUUCAAGAUCUUGAUCGCAACUGAUAAUCAUCUUGGCUAUCUCGAAAAAGAUCCUAUUAGAGGACAAGAUUCAUUCAACGCCUUUGAAGAGAUUCUUCAAAUUGCAGAUGCAGAAAAGGUUGAUUUUAUUCUUUUAGGUGGUGAUCUCUUUCAUCAUAAUCGCCCUUCUCGUUCAUGUAUCUACCAAACCAUGAAGAUGCUACGUCGUCAUUGUUUUGGCGAUCGUCCAAGCAAAGUAUGGAUUGCAAGCGAUCAAUCCAUCAAUUUCCCAGACGAAUUUGCAACCGCCAACUACCUUGACGAAAAUCUUAAUGUCAGUAUUCCUGUCUUUUCAAUCCAUGGUAAUCACGAUGAUCCCUCUGGAGUAGGUAAUCUAUGUGCUUUACAUUUAUUAUCAGUAGCAGGCAUGGUGAAUUAUUUUGGUGCAAGUUCAAGUGUUGAAGAUGUUGUCAUUCAACCCAUUUUGAUGCAAAAAGGCGAUACUAGAUUAGCUCUCUAUGGACUUGGAAAUAUCAGAGAGGAACGUUUGCAUCGUCAAUGGCGUGCUGGACGUGUGAAAUUUAUGAGGCCUCAACCAGAAGAGGACGGUGAGCAUCGUGAAUGGCUCGAUACAUUUAAUCUCUUUGUCUUUCAUCAAAACCGUGCACGUCAUGGACCUACUUCACAUAUCCCAGAAGAAUUUCUUGAUAGCUUUUUAGAUUUAGUUUUUUGGGGACAUGAGCAUGAAUGUCGUAUUACACCAGAAGAGUUUCAUUCCUUUGCUGUCACACAACCAGGCUCUUCUGUGGCUACAAGUUUGAGUCAAGGUGAAUCAGAACCAAAAUAUGUUGGCCUGUUGCAAAUCAAUAAACAUCAUGAGUAUAGCCUUGAUAAAAUUCGACUUAGGACGGUACGUCCCUUUCAGUUUACAUCUGUUUCUUUAAGUCGUGUUGAGACUUUACGGCCUUCAGAUCACGCUAGUACUCAAUCCUAUCUUGAAGAUGUAGUUGAAUCACUUAUCGAGCGUGCUCGAAUAGAUUGGGAAGAACAACAACGAGAGGCUUAUCGAUUAGAAAAUCUAGGCGAUAUAGAGAUGCCCUUACCACUUAUUCGUAUUCGUGUUGAUUAUUCUGGAGGGUUUGAGAAAUUUAAUCCACAACAAUUUGGACAUAAAUUUAUUAAUAGAGUUGCAAAUCCAAAGGACAUGCUUAUGUUUCAAAAAUUACAUCCAGAAGAGAGAAAUAGUCGACGAGCGACAGACAUUAUUUCUGACGUGACGAUUGCUAUCCCUGAAAGACUAGAUAAUUUGAGAGUAGAGAAUCUUGUAAGUGAGAUGCUUUCGAAUGAUUUAACUAUUUUGCCUGAAACAGGCUUAGAGGAGGCUGUGAUGUCACUUGUGGAGAAGAAUGAUAAAGAUGCAAUUCGAAAUUUUGUGACUAGAUCAGUAACAUUAAUAAGAAAUAAUAUAUCUGAUUUGACAGAGGAUCAAUUGACAGAAGAAUAUAUUAAACGUAAAGCAUCAGAAUUGAAAGAAAGUAGUCAACAACAGGAUUCUUUACCUUCACUUCAAACUAAUAAUAAUGAUAUCGCUUUACGAUCCAUUCCAGAAUCUCAAAAUAGACAAAUCAUAGAUAGUACAGCUACUCAUGUUAUUAACGAUAUAGAUAAUGAUAUUGCAAUUAUACCAACUUCAUCUGCAACUACAUCAAUGAAGAAAAGAAGAACAGAGUUAAUUACUAGUAGUCAGGAUAAUAGAAAAAAGAGACGACAGACUGAGAUAGAAGAAAAUGAUGAUUAUGAGUUGAAGACAAGUCAGCAAUUCACCAGAGCAAGAGGUAAAAGAGCAGCAGUCUCGUCUUCAAAGCAACCACAAAAAAAUAGCAUUAAUAGCAGCCAAACUAGUUAUAUUAUUUCAAGCGGUAGUGAAGAAGAGGACAAUGCUGAUAAUAAUAGAGACAUGACAUCGGUACUAUCAGUGCCAGCAGCUACAUCUUCACAAAUAACAUCUACACAAGAGAGGCGUAGAAGAGUACUGCCUUCAGCAUCACAGAAAGGAAAGCGUUAAUGUAUAUUAUUUAAAUAUCGUAAAAGUAUUCAAUAUAAAAAAGUUUUUUUUUGUUCUCAAUUUUCUUUGAUGAGAGAGCUAAGUUUUUUCAGAAAAUAAUCUAUAAUAUUAAGAGGGAAAAAAAAUCUCUUUUAAUCAUUA